AGUAACUUAAAUCACUCAGCCUCUUCCAAAGUCACAUCCAUCUUCCAAUGGCUUCUUCUUCAGCUCACCUCAACCACCACCAACCUUCGAACAAGCACGGUGGAGCCACGGCGGCGCCUCCGCCAACUCCUUCAUGCUCACAUCUCAACACCACCAGCAAAUCUGAGACAGCAGUCGACCCUCUCUCCAGCCUUUUCCACCGUCUCCCUCCUUUUCUUUCACUCCCCAACCGCCGCUUCUCCGACUCGGCAUCCUCAAUCGCUUCUCUUCCGAUGGUAUCUCUCUCCGCUGGAGAUCGACGUAGCUGGGACGAUCUUAUCUCCGCCGUGACUGAUUUAGGCUAUUUCCAACUCACUAACGAUGACUCCGAUAUUGUUUUCCCUCCUGAGCUCGCUGAAGCAGCCGAGUCUGACUCACUCUCGCUCUUAGAGCUCAGUGAAGAGAAAAUAGAAUCGUCGUUUCCAAAGAACUGGCCGCUGGGCUACGAAGCGGAUGCUGAAACGCCAUCGUUUUGCCUUGACGCCGACUGUUCAACCGAGUCUAGCGAGUUGAAUCUGAGUUCGCUCCGCGAGUUCACUCGGACUCUGGAGAAAGUUGGACUUAAGACGAUAGAGAUGCUGGCGAAUGCACUCGGGUUUGAAUAUGACUCGACCCGGUUUAAUACUCUAAUGUGGUAUCAGAUUAGGGAACAGAAGUAUUGUUUGCUAACCGAGUCUGGUUGGGUGUCCGUUUUGCCUCGAGUUGACUCGGUUCUGGUGACGUUAGGUGACAUUGCUCAGGUUUGGAGAAAUGGAGAGGUCAAAAGAGUGAAAUAUCGACCGGUGUUGUGUUCAAGACAAAACAAUGGUCCAAAAAAGUGUGUAACAAUGACAUUGAUGCUUACACUUCCCAUGGACAGUAUGGUUUCACCAUUGAAAGAUAUGAUCAGUGACGGUGACAAAGAAGAAGAGUAUGCAGAGGAGGAGGAGGAAGAUGGAGGAGCAAGAAGUGAUGAUAAAAAGGCAUUUAGGUCUUUUCGUUUCGAGGAGUACGCAUGGAGAGUGUACCAAGAACGUCUCUUCUUCAGGGAUCCACUGGACAGAUACAGAAUCAAAUCUUAGAAAGAUUGAAGAACUGAUGUUUGGUUUGUUUGUUUCCGGGGUUGAAUUAUUUGGUACUAGAGUCGAGUCUUGUUGUUACUAUUUUUUUCUUCCAUAAAACUUUCUGAUUUUU